AUGAUAAGCAGAUGGAUGUACUUUCUGGAGAUGGCUGAAGUGAAGAAAUGGGUCAGUGAGGAAGGAUAUAAUUAGAAAAUAAAGCAAGAAACAGUGAAGCCCGAAAAAGAAGGAAUGGUCGUUUAGAGAUUAGAAUGAGGAUUGAUUAAGGGGAAAGGAUUACAUAUAUUAAGUGAACCAAAUAGAAGACACUCAUCUGAAUUCGUGGAUAACGAUGUAGAAUAGAAUCUGCUAUCUUCCUUUUCAAUCUUUUUAUAUCGGGAGACGGCCCUUCCCGACCUCGUUAACCUUAGCGUUUAUUAUAAAAAGGUAAGAAAUCCACGAAGGCGCAUUGAUAAGGGAAAAGUGUCGUGCGAAUAGGAGAAAGCUAACCCGCACCGGUUAGCUAAGAACAAUAGAAGCAUGUUAUCUCCGAUCUCCUGAACUUUCAUCCCUAUAUCGUCAUUGUUGCAGGAGGAGCAUCUUCUCUCAUGGAGACACAGAUUGGGAGUAUCUGCGAGAGGAAAACUUGCUGCCGUGACGGAGAGGCCACGACCGGAUCCUUGUGCUCAGUCACAGUACAGGUAAACCCUCCUUAGCUUUUUAGGACUUUCAUCUCUCUUCAGAUUGGACUACGAUCUCUUCUCGGAGGUGUUCCCACGUCUUCUGCCUUGGCCUGUUACAAGCAUCUUUGUGAUCCGUAUAUUCCGUCUGCUCGACAUCUCCGACAACGGACUUCUCACCUUCCGGGACCUUGCCAUCAGUCUCUCAGUCCUUUUGCUAGGAGAAGCCACGGAGAAACUGGCACUCUUCUAUAAAUGUCAUCUGCCGCCCGCGUUCAACAUGUCUGACUUGGAUGGUCUCGACGCAGCGGACGAGAGCUCGUCGGAAAGCAAAGAGGGAGAGCCGGAGCUGGCGAUGGAAGCCGCUGAUUUGCUCGGAACGCCGAAGAAAGGAGCAGCUCUGCGACACGAAAUUCGAUCCAAUUCCGUUGAUAUUCCGCGACAAUCAUCCGAUCAAAAUCUGGCCGAUUCUUUAAGAGUAUGCCAUUUGAAAUUGAAUAAAUUCACUAACAGGUUCUGUUUCAGACGAGAUGCAGCACUUCCAGUGCCGUUUUGGUCAACGCGAACGUAGAAGAAAGAGCUUCAGACGCUGAAUCAUUGAUUGAUUUGAUCGCUGCAAAGUCAAUUGGAUCAUGUCCAUCCGAAAAUGAAAGUGAUCGGAUUCAAGUGGCCGAUGUCGCAAGUGAGGGUGAGAGCACUGACAAUCAGCAGAAUGCUUCGUGAAACUAGCCCAACUUCAUUUUCCAGAAUCCUACUCCGUCGUUGACGAAUCUAUUGAGAAGAUGAAACAACUGCGAAAAAAGGCGUUGUCCUCUCCAGACUCCUCAUCAACUAAACUCGAAAUGAAAAUGUUGCCAGCAAUGAGCCAGAUUCAGUUCAUUCAACUCUGGAAGACGUUUUACGACAUGCUCAGCGGCAAGGAAACGGAGCAAUUGGUGUUCCACUCGCUGGCAGUCACAGGCACUCUUCUGCUGCAACUUGGCGAGACGCACCGAGAACUGCAGGCGAAGUUGGAAGCACAAAUCGCAGAUGCGAUGCAAGAUCUGGAUGAAACACUGAAAGCUCCCGCAGAAGAUGGAGAGCAAGAAGAGGAAGACGAGUUCGAAGAGGACAGGAAGAUAGAUCCGAUUGAGGUUCAGAGGAAACGGAUAGGAGAUAUGCAGACGUGGUAAGAAAAGAAAGUGAGAUUACGGAAGAGUUGGGAUAGUUGCAGUAUGGCGGACGAUGAAUGGAGAGUCAAUCUGGAGCAGAUUCUGGCAUCGGUCAUGGCUGAAACGCCCCUCGCUGACUUCUUCGAACAAAAGUACUCCCUAGAUGCGCUCAUCAAAAAGUGAGAACCAGAUAAAGAAAUUACAGCUCAUCAUUCCUAUUUCAGAUACUACAAGACAAGGUUUUCAGCAGACGCUGUGAAUUGA